AUGAAGGCCACCACAGCUACUAGUGGGACUGACUGGAGGCAACCACCUCAGGACUGGUUUAAAGUUAACUGGGAUGGGGCUAUAAAUAAGGCACAAGGUACAGUUGGGGUUGGGGUGGUCAUAAGGGACAGUCAAGGCAUGGUCAUUGCAACUCAAAGACAAAGGAAAUCCCUCUUCACAGAGCCUCUUUUGGCCGAAUCCUAUGGAGCUCUAAUUGCUGUCAAUUUUGCAUGGGACUUGGGGCUAGCAAAUAUUAUACUGGAAGGGGAUUCACUUCAAGUUGUACAAGCACUGAAGAAGGACCAGGAAGCAUGGUGCAGCUCUAGCAUGUUCCUCUUUAAAGCUAAAUUAGGUCUUUCAAAGUUUGCAAGGUGGGAAGUCUCUCAUGUUAGGAGAGACGGGAAUAUUAUAGCUCACCUUCUUGCAAAGAAUGCUCUUUCCAUUUUAGAUUAUAUUACUACUAUGGAGGAAUACCGUCUAUGUAUUUUACGCUCUUUGGAAUGA